AUAAAGGAGAGCUGUGAAGAAGAAAUUUACGAAACGCAAAAGCUGAAAUUGAAUUUUGGAUCCCAAAAGCGAAUCGCGAUUUCGAGCUCUCAAUCUAAUGAACGCUAGACCAGCUCCAUUUCUCGAUCCCGUGAGUGUGAGUUUCAAUUCGACGACACCGGUGACGGGAAGGAGAGAUACGGCGUCGCUUAGGGAGGAUACGACGACGAAGAUUCGGAAGCCGUACACGAUCAAGAAGUCGAGAGAGAACUGGACGGAGCAGGAGCACGAUAAGUUUCUAGAAGCUCUCCACUUAUUCGAUCGAGAUUGGAAGAAAAUCGAAGCAUUUGUUGGUUCAAAGACUGUGGUUCAGAUACGUAGCCACGCACAGAAGUACUUUCUCAAAGUUCAGAAGAGCGGUGCUAACGAACACCUUCCACCUCCACGGCCAAAGAGGAAAGCUAGGCAUCCUUAUCCUCAAAAGGCUCCUAAAAAUGUUUCUCUCCCCUCCCACGCCAUUGGUUCCAUCCCUGCUUCAAACGCACCCUUGCUUCAACCUGCUUACUUGUUCAGCUCUUCUGAUUCACAGUCACUUCUGGGAAACCCUGCCUCUAGCUCUUCUUCUCUGAAUCAUGAAUCGACAAAUCUGCCAAUACCUGCGAUUCAAGAGGAACCGGGAGUCUCGGCCACAGCUCUCCCAAAGAAUCGCUGUUACAGCACCAGUAAUAAGGAAGUUAAGCCAAAUUUACCAGCUGUGACGACAGACCCGAACAAUGAAGAAAGUUGUGAAAAGACACGUAGAGUGAUGCCGAACUUUGCUCAAGUCUACAGAUUUAUUGGAAGUGUUUUUGAUCCCAACACAUCAGGUCACCUCCAGAGAUUGAAGCAGAUGGAUCCAAUAAAUAUGGAGACGGUUCUUUUACUGAUGAGAAACCUAUCUGUAAAUCUGACAAGUCCAGAGUUUGCUGAACAAAGGAAGUUGAUAUCAGCAUACAGCAGUAAAGCUUUGAAAUAGAUAAUGGAAAAAGCAACAAAUGGACCUUAUGAGCGCAAGUAAUGCCUCGUUCAUUGGAUGCCACUUAAGUUCUGGUUAAGCGCAGUGGUUUGUCCUAUUUUGUCUAAUAUUCGUAUGGGAGUAGAGGGUUUUGCAGAGAUAUAAUAUAUAUAUAUAUAUGUAUAGAUAUGUGUUGAUAAGGACAAUGUUUGCGACUUUCUUAAGUUUGGAUCGAUCUCCGGAGGUCUUAAGUUUGGAGUCUCUGUGAAGAGAUAUGUGUUUCAUCGGCGCAGGAUAGUUUCUUUUUUUGGUUUGGAAAUCAGAGAUAGGGUGAGAAAUGAGAAUAAUAAGGGAAAGAAGCUUCAGAAAAGUUGAAGUUGAAGUUUGCUGAACAGUUAGUUUUUUUUUGGGGGUCAAAUCUCAACAGUUAGUUAAUAGUAAUGAUGAGUUGUAUCCAGAUUUACAUUUGGGCUUCAGCUUCUUUUGUACAGUAUGAAACUUCAUAAAUGAAUGUUCUAUAAAUUAAUAUACAUUGUAAAUUAAUAAUUUAUUUCUGGUUUUAAAUA